AUGGAUUCACAUAAUAAUAAUUAUUGUGAAAUGAAAAGGUGUAGAUCUAAAAAUGAUAUUGGUUACAUAAAAAAAUCACUAUCCUGAAAAAAGAAAGGCGUGAGAUAAUUGAUUAAAUUUAAACAUCCAUAGAGGAACACGUAUCCAUCUCCAUACCACAUCCCCUCCCUCUUAUACUCUCAUCUCUCUUCUCCCAAAUCAACUUCCUCUUCUUCCAGUCUCCUCCCGCAACAGGAUUCUCUAAAAUGGCUGCAUCCUCGGCAUGCAUUGUUGGAAAUUGUCUAUCGACUAAAAGAAACAUAAACAAGGAACUUCAUGGUCGCCUUUCCCCUAGACUUCCAUCUGUUCCAAAAUCAGUUAUAAAAGCAUCUCAGCAACAAGGAAGAAGGGGUUUUUUGAAAUUAUUGCUUGGAAACACAGCUCUUGUAGGACCCGCUUUGCUAAGUAGUGGGAAAGCUUAUGCUGCUGAUGAACAAGGUGUUUCCAACUCAAGAAUGUCUUAUUCUAGAUUCUUGGAGUACCUAGACAAAGAUAGAGUAAACAAAGUCGAUUUGUUUGAAAAUGGAACGAUAGCAAUCGUUGAGGCGGUUUCUCCCGAAUUGGGAAACCGGGUUCAGAGAGUCCGGGUCCAGCUUCCGGGUCUCAGCCAAGAACUUCUCCAAAAGUUCAGGGAGAAAAACAUAGAUUUCGCAGCACAUAAUGCUCAAGAGGAUUCGGGCUCCUUUCUGUUCAAUUUAAUCGGGAAUUUGGCCUUCCCGUUGAUCUUAAUCGGUGGCUUGUUUCUUUUGUCGAGACGUUCCGGAGGUGGAAUGGGAGGUCCAGGUGGGCCCGGGAAUCCUCUUGCUUUUGGUCAAUCAAAAGCUAAGUUUCAAAUGGAACCAAACACUGGUGUUACGUUCGAUGAUGUGGCGGGAGUAGACGAAGCAAAACAGGAUUUCAUGGAAGUCGUUGAGUUUUUGAAGAAACCGGAGAGGUUUACUGCUGUUGGUGCUAGAAUUCCAAAGGGUGUUCUUCUUGUGGGUCCCCCAGGAACAGGGAAAACACUAUUGGCUAAAGCUAUUGCUGGUGAAGCAGGUGUCCCCUUCUUCUCCAUUUCAGGUUCGGAAUUUGUUGAAAUGUUUGUUGGUGUUGGUGCCUCAAGGGUUCGAGAUCUGUUCAAAAAGGCAAAAGAGAAUGCACCGUGUAUCGUAUUUGUUGAUGAAAUUGAUGCGGUUGGGAGACAAAGAGGAACGGGUAUUGGAGGAGGGAAUGAUGAAAGAGAACAAACGCUUAACCAGCUUUUGACUGAAAUGGAUGGGUUCGAAGGGAACACAGGUAUCAUUGUAGUUGCGGCCACCAACCGCGCAGACAUUCUAGACUCUGCCUUAUUGAGACCAGGAAGAUUUGAUAGACAGGUAUCGGUUGAUGUUCCAGAUGUUAAGGGAAGAACAGAGAUCUUAAAGGUACAUGCUGGCAACAAGAAGUUUGACAAGGAUGUCUCUCUGGAGGUGAUUGCCAUGAGAACGCCUGGAUUUAGUGGUGCUGAUCUGGCGAAUCUUUUAAACGAAGCAGCUAUAUUGGCUGGUCGGCGUGCAAAAACUGCUAUUUCAUCCAAAGAAAUUGAUGACUCCAUUGACAGAAUCGUUGCUGGAAUGGAAGGAACAGUUAUGACAGAUGGAAAAAGCAAAAGUCUUGUAGCAUAUCAUGAAGUCGGCCAUGCUAUUUGUGGAACACUCACACCGGGGCAUGAUGCAGUCCAGAAGGUGACCCUGGUCCCACGUGGUCAAGCAAGAGGGUUGACCUGGUUUAUUCCGUCAGAUGACCCUACAUUGAUCUCCAAACAGCAACUAUUUGCACGAAUUGUUGGUGGUCUUGGUGGAAGAGCUGCUGAAGAAAUCAUCUUUGGUGAGCCUGAGGUGACUACAGGUGCAGCUGGUGAUCUCCAGCAGAUCACCGGUCUUGCCAAACAGAUGGUGGUGACAUUUGGCAUGUCAGAAAUCGGGCCAUGGUCACUUAUGGAUGGGUCAGGUCAAAGUCAAGAUGUUAUCAUGAGAAUGAUGGCUAGAAACUCCAUGUCUGAAAAGCUUGCCGAAGACAUUGAUACCGCGAUUAAGAAGCUAUCUGACAGUGCGUAUGAAAUUGCAUUGAGCCAUAUCAGAAACAAUCGCGAAGCUAUAGACAAGAUAGUUGAGGUUCUUAUUGAGAAAGAAACAAUGAGCGGUGAUGAGUUCCGGGCCAUCCUUUCUGAAUUUGUUGAAAUUCCUGUUGAGAACCGGGUUGCUCCUGUUACUCCGACUCCGGUCAAUGUAUGAUAGAAGAACAUAUGUUUAUAUAAAUUCUUAAUCACAGUUUUUGGUUUGUAGUAAAUUGUAAUAACUUACUUAACUAGAAGUGUUUCAUACAUACAUACAUACAUAUAAACGACAGUUGUUGCUUCUGUUUAAUGUGCAGUGUGUUGGAUGUUUCAAGUCAA